AUGGUUCAAGCGGCGGCAUUGGGAUGGCUGGGAUGGCUGGGAUUGGCAGGCGUGGCCCUGGGUACCUACGCGCCUUAUUAUGCGAACCUCACUUGGGAAGCGCCCCGGGCUCUGUCCAACUGGUCGAAUCUGACGGUCGAGAAUCGGACGGGGACGUUUGUUGGCAUGCUCAAUGAUACCUACCCAGGAGUUCGCCAGUUCUCGAGGGUCCCCUUUGCUAAGCCUCCCAUGUCCGACCUCCGAUGGCUCCCUCCACAGCGGCUGGACAACUCCAGUAAGAAGUACGACUCGACCUUCUAUGGCCCAGCAUGUCCCCAAUAUGUCCCCUCGACUUCUUCGUUUUGGAACGAAUAUGAACCGGAAAACCUGCUGCUUAGUGUUGGAGAGAAACUCGAUCAGGGGUCCACUGCCUGGUCAUCCGCCGAGGACUGCCUCUCCCUGGCAGUCUGGACUCCCUCCUAUGCCACCAAGACAUCACAGCUUCCGGUUGCCUUGUUUGUCACGGGUGGAGGGGGUAUUACAGGGGGCAUCGAGAUUCCGUCUCAGUUGCCUUCCGCAUGGGUUUCGCGUUCCCAGGAACACAUCGUGGUUACCAUUAAUUACCGGUCCAAUAUCUUUGGAAACCCCAAGUCUCGGGCUUUGAACGAGACCUCCCUCACGCUGCUGGAUGUCCGGGCUGCUGUGGAGUGGGUUUCCGAGAACAUUGAAGCUUUCGGAGGCAAUUCCGACAAUAUCAUGCUCUGGGGACAGUCCCAAGUUGCCCUGCUGACGCACUUGUACACGCUCGCAUGGCCGGAGGAUCCCUUUGCGGCCAAAUUCGGAGUCAUCUCUCAAGGGGCCUCGGCGACCAUCAACCUCACGACCACACCCGAUGUCUACCAAGACUUUGAUAUUGUGGCGAAGGGUCUUGGAUGCAACUACGGGGAUGAUGCAGAGGCUGAGCUCAACUGCAUGCGCCAGGUCUCGUGGGUGCAGAUCGAGGAGUACAUCAACCGCUACAACAGCACACCGUCAAUUGCCUUCACAAACUACAUUCCGGAUGAGCGAUACAUCUUCUCCGACGAGGCGCAACGAUAUGCCGAGCGCAAGGUUGCUCCGGGGCCGUCGAUCCGGUCUGACACUGCCAGAGAAUUCCCCAGCGCAAACACUACUGAGAUCAACAUCGAAGAAGGGGUGCGCAACUUCACCAACAUCAGCCCCGUGCCCUGGCUGGGCGCAUUCCACUGGACGGAUCUGCUGAUGAUCUUCGAAACAUACAUUCUCGAUGUGGGAGAGAUCUCGGAACUGGAGGUAGACACCUCUGCCACCAUGCAGGACUACUUUUUGGCGUUCUUGAAGAACUCGUCGACCGUCGGCGAGACUGUGGGAUGGCCAGCCUUCCUGGGCAACUCCACCGAUGGUGGGACAAUCCUGGAAUUCGGCAAUGGGACGACCGUCGGGAACAUCCCCGGCGACUGGCUGGAUGCCGGCUGCUACAAUUCCUCGAUCCCGUUCCGGAUCUGGGGGUGA